AUGUAUAUGCUGGUGAACUGCUCCAACUGCCACACUCCGCUCCAGAUGCCCCCCGGCGCCGAGUCCAUCCGCUGCGCCCUCUGCCAGGCUGUCACCCUAAUCGCCGACCCACGCGUCCUCCCACCACCUGCCUCCUCCCACGCGCCUCCACCUCCAUCUUCAUACUCACACGCGCCUUCCCAUCAUUCUCCAUACUCUCAAGCGCCUCCCCCUCCUUCCCCUUACUCCCACGCGCCGCCAGGCCCUCCCCCCAACGCGCACGGCCGGAAGAAGGCUGUGAUCUGUGGGAUCUCGUACAAAUACUCGAGACACGAGCUAAAGGGUUGCAUCAAUGAUGCCAAGUGCAUGCGGUAUCUCCUCAUCAACAAGUUCCACUUUCCAGAAGAUUCCAUUGUCAUGCUCACUGGUAUAUUCAGUUUGCUUAUGCAUAACAUAAACAUAGCUGUGUAG